AUGCCUCCUAAAGUUCCAGCUACGACUGUCAAGGACAGGUUUUUGAAAGUUGCCAAGAGUUUACAAUUUGCGUGGUUUGCAGGCCACUUCCUAGUUGUGGUCAGCUCUUUGCUGUAUUUGUUCAGGUUCUGUGAGACCUUGUACCGCUGUGCGUACGUUGGUGUGUUGGCGUCAUUUGGUAUUAUCACGUACCAGCAGGGUCUGCACCAGCAGUUGUCGCUGUCGCUGUUGACCAAUGAGAAUGUGUUGUACUUUGCGUUGGCGCUGGUGUGGUUCUUCACCCCCAGGUUCAGUCUGUCGCUAGUGCCAUACUUCAUGUUCUCUGUGUUCCAUGUGCUAGUGUACUUGAAGACCACGCUGUUGCCCCAAGUGUUCAACCAGACCGUGGAGUCCAAGAGCAAAGUUGUUAUGUUUAUCGACAAGUUUGUGUUGGACUACAACGAGAGGUGCAUGUACUGGGUCUCGACCACCGAGCUGCUGAUGCUGUUCCUGCUGUUCGUGAGAGCAGUGUUGUUCUUCUCCCGCUCCUGGAUCGUGCUCGUGGUGUUCACGCUGUUCAUCAAGGUCAAGUACGAGACUUCUAAGUACAUGCAGGCCGCCUUCGCGCAGUGGAGAGUGAGAAUGGACGGUGUCAUCUCGCACCCAAGCGUCCCACCCCAGAUCAAGUCCCUGUACAACCAGUUGAAGUUCCAGCUGGUGCAAUUGUCCAAGGUCACCAUCACCAGAGCAGCACCAGGCACCCAUGGAUCUACUAGUGCUUCUACUGGUUCUACUGGCACCAGUACCAGCACCAGCACUAGCACCUCCGGUGCUAGUGCCAGUGCCACUGCCACCCACUCCGCAAAGAUGGACUAA